AUGGGAUUAGGUUUAAGGGUUUCUAAAAGUAUUGUAAAAUUUUUAGGUGGAGAUGGAGAAUUAUAAAUAAAAAGUGAGAGAGGAUUUUAUACAGUAGUAAGUUUUUCAAUAGAGGAAUCAAUAAGUACGAUAGUAAAAGAAGAAGAUUCAUCAAUAAGAGAUAUUGAAGAAUUGGGUUCAGAUUCUAAGAAUUCAGCUUAAAGAGUAUAUAUAUCUUCUAAAAAAUUUCUGAAUCAUUGUGAAUGCAAUCAAAUUUUGAUUGUUGAUGAUGUACCAUUCAAUCACAUAACUUUAAUGGCAUUAUUAUAAACUUAUGGUUAUAAAGCAGAUAGUGCAUAUGAUGGAGAUUCAGGAAUUAAAAAAGUAAAGUAAAAAUUGUAAAAUGUUUGUUGUAAAGUAUAUAAAAUAAUUUUUAUGGAUAUAGAAAUGCCUGGAAAGAAUGGAUUUAUUACUAGUAGUGAAGUAUUAAAUUAUAAAUUAAUUAGAGAUCUCUAAGCUGCUUCAAAAUGAAAGAUCAAAAUCUAUAAUUGUGAUGUGUUCAGCCUAUAAUGGUUAAGAAAAUGCAGAACAAGCUCAUUAAAGUGGAAUGAGUGAAAUUAUUUCGAAACCUAUUUCGUUGGAUUCUUUAUAAACACUUUUAGUCAAAUACUUUUGUUGA